AUGUCAUUUGAGUUACUUUGUGAGGAUCCUGUUGGUGCAAAUACUCUUUCCAUUAAAUUAGAUACGUUCAACUCCUUCAAUGGAAUACGCUUUCUUAUUCUGGGUGAAGCUUUAGAUGAUGACUGUGAGCUACUCGGGGAUUUACCAGAAUCUGAAAUCUUAAGCGACUUGCUUGCAUUAGAUGCUCGAAGACGCUUAGCUAUUGGCGAAGACCAUCAGCCAAUAGCUAAGCGUCUUCGAGCAUCUAAUGCAAGCAAGUCGCUUAAGAUUUCAGAUUCUGGUAAAUCCCCGAGUAGCUCACAGUCAUCAUCUAAAGCUUCACCCAGAAUAAGAAAGCGUAUUCCAUUGAAGGAGUUGAACGUAUCUACUGAGCGUAAUCGUAUUCGGCGGCAACUGAACUCAACGACUUACCGAAUACGAUUACGCUCAGUAGAUACGUUCAACUCCUUCAAUGGAAUACGCUUUCUUAUUCUGGGUGAAGCUUUAGAUGAUGACUGUGAGCUACUCGGGGAUUUACCAGAAUCUGAAAUCUUAAGCGACUUGCUUGCAUUAGAUGCUCGAAGACGCUUAGCUAUUGGCGAAGACCAUCAGCCAAUAGCUAAGCGUCUUCGAGCAUCUAAUGCAAGCAAGUCGCUUAAGAUUUCAGAUUCUGGUAAAUCCCCGAGUAGCUCACAGUCAUCAUCUAAAGCUUCACCCAGAAUAAGAAAGCGUAUUCCAUUGAAGGAGUUGAACGUAUCUACUGAGCGUAAUCGUAUUCGGUAA